GGCUUCUAUUUGGUGUUACUGAGGUCAGAGUGGGAUUGUCCCAGGCUAUCAGACGAUGAGGACAUGAGUUUCCCUUUUGAAGCAUCAACAACCCAAGUGGACGAAGCUGGCAGCUCCCAGCAUGACCCUCACAAAAAUGGCAAAAUGAACAACAGUCAUCCGCAUUCGCAGCUCGGUUUCCAGGACAAUGCAAUGUCUCCGGCACUCUCCCUCUUACCAGCAAAUGUGGCGGAAUACUCCUUAUUCCAAAAAAGUGACACAGAAUUUCUGCCUUUAACUGCGUGUCCCGACUUUUCAGCGGUACAUGAGCAUGAUGAGGGCUCCUUGUCUCAGCACCCUUUGGCCCAGGAGACCGUGACAACGUUAACAGAAGCGGAUCCGGUCGUUGAGGCCACCAGUGAGAGUUACAUCACCUCCGGGUCUCGCGACACGCGACCCGACGCCGCCAGCGAGCUGCUGUACCGGGAUUUGCUGUCGCAAAGCAGCAAAUCCUAUGCGGAACUGUCAAGUGCCGCCAGAUCAAAGCGUGAUGGUACCGAAGAGUCCUACCUUGGCUUCCAGCCACACUCGGAGUCCACGCCAGGUGUUAUGAGUGUCCCGGUCAGGUCUGCUGUUAAGUCAGGGACGCUGUCCAUCAUUCCAUCCAACAACCAGAGUUACCAUUGCCAACAAGUUGACCAGACCAACCCGAGCAGCGACUUGUCACUGGUACCAGAUGCGUCUUCCAGUGUCAAGUUGGGCUCGGCGGUCGCUAGCUCCGCCCCCUACUGGAGCUCCGAGCCCAGCGCGCCGCCCAAAAAGGCAGACCUCAACAUUGAAGAAAGGAUUCCGUUGUAUCUCCAAAACCUGGGUAUUCAUCGCUCCCCCGCCGAAAUCCUGACACCGUUUGUGCCUAGUGGACCAAUCAGGGAGCCCGAAUUCUCCCCCACCGAUCUCAGCACCAUCAAGGAUUCUGCGGGAGGGACACCCACAAAGAGUGUGCAAUCAUCUCAAGCUGGCAGCCCUCCUAAAGGAGAUCUUUCAGAUGGCACUGUGUCUUCAGCUUCUGGCCAAGACUCUUGUUUGUUAGCUGUGUCACUUCCAGGAGGGACGGCGACAUCCACAUCGUCCACCGACGGCAUUGAUCUGGACACUCCCUCUCUUCAGAGUGUUAUUUAUAAACCCCGAGCUCGCUCCUCGCUGUUCCCAAUCCGGUCAGAGGAACCCAGAGAAAGUUACGCGUCGGCAAAGCUCGCUGUCGUAAGCGAAGAUCCAGUUUCGCCGAGGCGUGCCGAGCCUGAAGGUUGCAGCGCCGCCCCUCGCUCGCCGCUAACCGCCGGACCGUCACCAGCUCUGGACGACAAGGAGUCCCACAUCUCGCCAGAUGAGGCGUCGCCACCAUCCGAUCAUGCACCGUCUCUCGAGGACUCGGAUCGUCAAUCGGUGAUGAGUGACAGAAGCGGGCGGAGUUCGCUAACCCUCAGAGUGGAAGAACUGCUGCGGGGUCAAACCUCACCCUCCGGCGUGUCGGACCCCAAAAACAAAAAGCGAUUCCUCCGCAACUUGUCAGAAGGUCAGUUUGACUCGCUGGACUUGGACAAAGAAGAUCGGCGUUGCAUUGAAGAGAUCAAGGCAGCGAUGCUAGCCAACAACUUUGUCACGAGUGAAAGCAGCACAGACACAGAAAGCACAGCGGUGUCCAGUGUGGCGGCAUCUGUGAUGCCCAACCUUUCUGACCCCACCCACCACGUGAGAGAGACUACCAGCGCUAACGUAAAGGCGCACACGUCCAUUACUAUCGCUGCCCGCAAGCGACCUGAUGCCUCCUUCCCAGCUCCAUCUGAGCCUCCCCCGCUGGACACAGGCUGCGUACGCUCCAUUUGUAGGAAUCCUGAUGCCACAAAGUCACCAUUGGAAGAAGAAAGAAGAGCGAUAGCAACUGAGGCAGAGUCAGAGGAGCCAUCCCAGCGGUGUGAUGUCGCCGAAGACACUGUCAUCCCGUUCAACCACGUGUCGCGCACCCAUCUCACCCUGUCGCCAAAGCCCGGCCCCCUGGGCCCUUCGCCAUCAUCAUCGUCGUCGUCAUCGUCUGGCGCGCGGGCACAAUUGGAGCCUCCCACUGACGCGUUUGUCCCGCUGAGGCGCUCUUCGCCCCCUGUCAGUUGUGCAGAUGAGGGCGUCGGCCUGUCCGGCCCCCUUCCCGAGUUGGACCCGCACGAUCCGCCCACGUCUACUGUAGGAGCAACCGGUCAUCAUCAGCAUCAAUCUUUCACCAGCAACGCCAUGAGGAGCUACACACCUGAAACUCCAGUAAGGGAUGAGAAUAACGGCCAUGUGGCGGCACCGGCGCUGCGUCCUUACAAACCUCGAGGUACCGAUGAGCUCUUCUUCAUGCCUGACAUGGAAGGCCGCCGCCCCGUGUCAUCUUCAUGCACAACCAUGGAGAGCUCGCACACGGGUCUGGACGACGCCGUGCCGCCGCAGUUCCCCCCUGAAGUCCUGGGCAAGUGCGACGCAGGACUGGAUCGUGGAGUCGCCAUCAAACACUCCAAGGGCAUCUACAGCAAAAAGCGCACCAAUGCGAAGGCCUCUCUCUACCAAGGUGGCGCUGUGGCAUCAGAGGAAACAUUUCCCCUGGCGAGCCAGAGCAAAGCCUCUGCCACAGCGGGCUUCGGAGUAGGAGGCGGAGCCACGAACACGCAAGUGGAUCACUUGCCACCAAAACCUGCCGACAGGGAGGCGUGGUUAGUGGAGCAGUUGCAGCGCCUGGAAAAUCUCAUCCUUGCCACCAGGGGCAACGUGCAGCAUAACGGGACGCAUUACAACGAAACCCAGGCGCGGACGCAUCGGUCGCGUCAAGCAUGCGCUCUGUGUCCCGCCGACAGAGACGAAUCCAGCACCACCACGUCCACGCUGGACACGGAUCGCCUGAUUCGGGCGUUCGGCGCGCACCGUGUCCAAAUCGGCAAGAGCUCCAAGACCCCAGCCCGCCUCCGUAAACUCUAUGGCGAAGUGGCCAAACAGAGGGAGCGCUGGGAGGAACGCAGCUUCCGUGACGCCGAGACCUCUGACCAGGUGACCGGCGAGUCGUCGGCAGCGGGGUGGUACGCCCAAACGCCACAGCGCGCCACUUCCAAAAUGGACGGCAGCAGAGGUAAGGAGGUGGAGAUCAAGCGCAACGUGACACGCCUUCACACUCGAGACGUAGGAACCAUGUUCCCACCAAGGUCAGGACGGACGCAGAGGAGCUGGGUCAAAGGUCACCUAAAUUCUGCCAAACAUAAGAAGACAACCGGGCUGCCCCGGCUACCCAAAGCAGUAUGGUGGUUCGUCCCGCUCCACGACGACAAUGACUUCAAGGAGAACCUUCCCGACCUAGAAGAGGAAGCGGCGGAACCCGAGCCAAGUACCGUGUGGUAUCACGGCGGCACCGCCGCUGAGAAAAGCACAAGAGAAGCUCUCAGACCGCGACAAGAACACGACAAUGACGACUUUGUGCUUCCUGUGUACUCCAAAAGCAGCCAUCAAGUCAUCUCACUGCAGGAAGCUCUGGCCGCACGGCGAGCCGACUUCAUUUCGCGCUCGCGGAGCCGUAUGGAAAUGUUGAGUCUGAGGAGGAUCAACGCAACAGUACCAGGUAGCGUAGGGCCGAGGAGGGCAGUGCCGUGGAAGGAAAUGAUACAGCGGACCAAACGAAUGUACGAAAGACUUCCAGAAGUUCUCUACAAGAUGGAAGCCGAGCGGAGGGAAAAACAAUUACAGCUCAACCGACUCAACCUUCAGAUCUACAACAAGAGGAUGAGCAAACGUCGUCUGGAGAAGCACCACACUGUCACACAUCAAUACCUCGGCUGAUUUCUUUAUCAACUUGACAUCUUUUUUGUUUUUAAGUGUAAUAAAACAGGUCUCAAGACAAAUGUUUUGCAGAUGAAACAAGCCCCACUUUAUUAGUGUCAUAUUUGAUGCACUAAUCACAAAAAACAGCUCCAAUUUUUUUUUCUUUAUAUAAUUGUGCUGUUGACUUUAGCACUAUUAGAUGUCCUAUCCAUUUACUGCAAACCCUUCCAGUUCAAAUGGAUUGGGCAUCUAUUAGCUGCCAUUGAUGGCAAGAGUUAAAUAAAUGCUGUAUUCAUGACAAAGUGCAUUUAAAACGUCCAUUUUAUUCCUUCCUGCGACUUUUCAAAUUUGCAAAAAAUGUCGGCCGUUGGAGAGCAUCUACCCAACUUGGUUACGAUGAUGUGCAAAAUUAGCUUCAACAUAAAUAGUUCACAUUGACAUCUUGGCGGCGUCCCGGGUGAGGAUGACGAAGAGUAGCAGGCUCAGGCACGCAGCAGUCCGUGGACGUGGCGGAGCUGGUGUUGCGUCAGGAGCAGGCGGUGGACCCUCUCUUGACCCCGAGGGCACGGGAUUAGCACGCGGCCUGCCAGUACGAAAUCGCCGCGCUUCUCCUCGUCGGCCUGAAUGCGUCACCCAAUGCCGUAAAUUGGAGAAAAUAAAAUUCAUUAGGAUUUGAACAUUAUCCUUUAAUAUGAUGAAUGGAAGAAAAACAGUGGGGGCCACAACAUUUUUUUUACUGAUGGAAAUGCCCAAAAAUAAAUGAACAAAGUUACCCAAUAUGAGCAUAAAGUCAGCCAGGAAAGUUCCAAAAAUAAAAUGAAUUGACCUGGAUUUGUAUCUAAUAGAAAGUGACCCAAGCAAAGUAACCACACAUACUAUUUGACCAGAAAUUAAAUGUUCUGGUUUAUUUGGUCUGUAUUAGUAUAUUACUAAGCUAUAUACAGAUACACUGCCAAUGGGAAAACCCAUUGGCAGCGUAUCAAAUACUUGUUCUCCCCACUGUAAAUAAGUCACGUGCCCUAUAAGAGGUUAAAUACUUUAGCUAAACUUUACAUCGACUUGUAAAGUCCACACCCACAAAAAAAAAAACCUGACUUCAUCAGGGAGGGAAAAAAAUCGUAAACAUCCUCACAAAAAUGUGUAAGUAAAAAAGGACAAGAAUGGGGUACAAAUGUUUUUAAAAUGGAACAAUCUUGUGAAGGAAACCUAUUUUUCCAACAUAAAAAAAAAACUGAUGGCGAUGGAUGUCCAGGCCAUUUGGAAUGAGGGAGAAGUGUCAGUAAAGUUGCCAAAUGUCCCUUGAAAACUGAAUCAUUCCAUUUUGAGCUUUCAAAAAAGGCAUUCUGUCCCAUAUUAUCACGAAACUUUAACGUUAUUUGUAGAACGAACAAAUAGUGCUUUACAAGAAUAUGCAGGGAAACUCAUUCCUCCUGCUUUUUGACCAGUGAGCUGACGGAACAUCAAAACGGAAGACAAAGAUAAUAUGAAAUCCCAUUUAUCUAAUUGGUCGAGGUACUAUUGUUUGCCAACAAAAAAGCAACAAAAGAGUGUGGGAGAAAUGAGGUUUUAGUGAAUCUUGAGUAAAAAAAACAUUCCAAAUGAUGUUCAUUUGUUUUCUUGUUCUUCUCUGUAAUUUAUUUUCACAAAUUGUAUAAUAUUUUUGUGUUCUGUCAAUUGCAUUUGUAUUUCCACAUUAUUUUUGGAGUGAUCAUUUGCGAAAAUGUUGCUGAGGGGACUUUGAACACACCUAAAAAAAAAAAGUACCUCAGUUUAUUUUUUGUUUGCACUUGUUAAAAUGUAUUUAAAAACACACACAAAAAGGCCUUUAGGACCUUAAGAGUUAAAUUAUAGUUUUUAAUUUUAGCAGGACAGAUGUUUAUUCUAGUAAUUUUUGUAUAACAAUUACAUUGCUGAUGUUUUUCCAUGUGCUUAUAUCCCUCAAAUAUACACCUAAAUAAUUCAGUUUUGAGUCAAAUAAUUAUAUGUAUAAAAAAAUCACUUCACAUACAAAAUAAUAUUUCAAGGGUGAUUGUUAUCGGGCUGGCUAGCUCUACCAAUGAAUGCGGGUUUUGUUUUCCAGUGAGUUGGCAACCCUAGGUGGCAGCAAACAGCCUGACUAUACCAUACAUGGGUGUUUUUUUUUUUUU